CGUUGAAACCCGCUUCGACGAUUAUCGGACGUUUCUUUCGUUGUGCAACAGUUGUACAAUGAGAUAGAGGUGGCAUGACAUGUUGGCACUAGUUGCUAUUGCCACUACUGCAUCGCAGCAAACAAAAUCAGUUAUCCUCCCUGUAGCUAGCACUCGGCCAUGAUAACAUCAUAGCAGCUAACUUCUUGGCGCGGAAGAGGUGUUAUUCCUUCCGAGCGGACUAACGAAAUGUCUGGCGGGAACAAAAAUUACUUUUUCGGUGCGGGCAGUGCCCCAGGCACAGGAAGCGAUGACCAAAUGCCCACCGACCUGCAACAGCAGCAGCAGCAGCAGCAGGAGCAAAGACAGCAUCAUCAACUGUCACUGAAUUUUCUAACUUCUGCCUCUGGUGCCGAUGCUGAGACAUUCUCAGCACUGCUGAACAUGGGACCAGGCCAGCAGCAGCAUCAUCAUCAUCAUCAUCAACAAACGGCACACAGCCAUACUUCGUUGCAGUUGAACACGGCUGCUGCAGGAGGAGGCAGUGUAGCAAUGUCACAGCAUGCACCGGGUCCUGUGCACACACCUCGCUUGUCAUCGCUUACAACAAGUCCACUGACGACCGGACCGGGAGUCACAUCGGCAAGUUCUACUUGUCAGAGAUCCGUGACACAGACACCAGUCGAGCCCGCAGCGGCCUUCACACCAUACCUACCAUCGCUGUUCAAUUUCGCUCAGCACAAUACUUUGAGUGUUAAGUUCAGCGAAGCAAAGCAGAAAGUGUCCAAAAGUCCAAGCUGGACGUUCUCAGCCAAGCUAAACAAGCUAUUUUGCAAGAAUGUUACACCAGUCACGUUUCAGCUGCAUACAGACAGUCCUCUUCCUCAUGGCAGUGAGUUACAUGUGGCGGCUUGGAAAAAUGGAGUGAUUGUUACUCGGUGCCCCAAUCAUCAGUUCAAACAAGACGCGGAAUCUGAAGUACAACUGUUUGACACAGAUCGCAGUAAGUUUAUCGUUGCUGAAGGCUCAACAUACGUUCAGAGGGAUGACGGAGGCCAGUACCUGGUUUUACCCAUAGGUGAUGGACUUACCUGCGACUACACGGUGAUACUCUACUUCAUGUGCUUCUCCUCGUGUAGCACCAUCGGCCGCAAAGAGCUGCGUCUUCAAUUGAAAGUGGAAAGUGCUGGCUGCGAGCUGUGUCAAACGUCCGUCACAAUGCGAGUCUGUGCAUGCCCUGGCCGCGAUCGAAUCAACCUUGAAAGCCGGGAUACAGCGGAAAAGGAAGAGCAGGGUGGAUCAGCGUAUGCAGAAUCACCGUUUCCCACACUGUCUCUUCCCGUCCCAGUGAAGCGAGAACAUAGUGAUAGUGAGGGAGAUGAAGAGGUCACACAUCAAGUCAUCCUGAAGGGUCCAAGAAGAGCAGUGGAUGCAUGCAUUGAGAACUUAGUGUUGGACGCCAAACAGUAUAGCAUUCAGCUCGGUGGUUCAAGACUUGUCUGGUACACUGAGCAACGAGAGCCGGCAGGAGCUGAAUCUAGCCAGGUGUCAUCGAGUUCGGGUGACAGCGAGCCUCCGAAAAAAAAACUGCUGAGUCUCGAAGACUAGUCACAAAUCACACAUGAAUUGUUCGCAUACUUCAAAUCAUAUUAUUUUAUAGUCAUCAAUGACAUCAUCGGACUUGAUUUUUAUAUCCUUCUCUACUUUAGAUGUACAUAAUACUGAAGUAGUAUCAUAAUAGUUCUUACAGAUGAGCCUUUUUGGUUGUUAUUUCCGAUUAGACACUUAUACGUUUCUCUUUCUGUGUGUGUGUGUGUGUGUGCUGUGUGUGUGUGUGUGUGUGUGUGUGUGUGUGUGUGUGUGUGUGUGUGUGUGUGUGUAUGUGUGUGUCUCUCUCUCUCUCUCCUCUUUGUCUCCCAAACGGUCUCCCUACUGAGCCUCGAAAUCUAACAAAAUUUACAUUUCAGCAAAAAAUUUCAGCCGUUUCAGCUUGUGAAGAUAUAUUCAUACUCAUUCCAACGGCAGCUCAAUACGCUAUCAGUAUCACAUUUCUGGUUGCUGCUGUUCCUUUGUUGAGUGGACAUCUUGCUGCAAUGCUUUUGGCUGAUGUGCAGUUCAUCAUCACAUUGACAGUUUGUGCAUUUGUGCAUCUCGCCGUGACAACGGUUACCAUGGUGCCUUUUGCUACCCACUAACGCCA